AUGUCAGCGCCCGGCGAACACGAAUCGGGUGGAAACAGAGUUCCACCUGGCGAUUCUUACAUAAGCGAUUAUAGAUGAUUUAAUUAAUCAAAUUAAGAUCUAUAAAAGCCAGAAGAAUCAUAAUUGAACAAAGUAUAUUUUGGUAAAUUAAAAUCACAAAAAUUAUCACUAAAUGAAGCAUAAAGUAAGUUGAAAGCAGGAAAACAGAGUUCCGGCGUCGCGAUGGCGAUGCGUCGGCGAUGCACUGAAAUCCUGAGAGUUCAGGAGGAUAGUCGUAGAGUGUCCACAACCUUGAAGGGUCUCCUUGGACAAGGACGAUGUGGGCAAUCUCUAGAUCUCCUUGCGAAGUCUAGAGAUCAAUGAAAUGGGUCGUCGAAUCGUCUCCGGCGGCCGUCACCCGGCGGAGCGGAAAAAUGACGACUUUGCGGCUCUCCGGCAGCUAUCACUCCACGGAGAGGAGCUGGAUGGAGGUGGGGCACGUGUCAAGGAACUUCAUCCUCAGGUCCGCAUAGCAAGAGGAGGCUCUUCAUCGCAUCUGGUAUGCUCUUAAGAGGUGGCGACUCAUCUCUCACUGGAUCGUCCUCUUCUCGACGACAGCUUGUUUGUCAAUCAAUCAGAGAUGAUUUACUCGAUGGAUUUACGAUCCUUUUAUCGCAAAUCAUUCAGCAAUUUUAGUAACAAUGCUCUGCAAAUCAUGUUGACGAGAUUUUCACCGAUGAUCUAGCAAUUCUGGUUGCUUAAUCCUUCACUGGCGAUCUGCAAGAAAGUCGCGAUAAUCCAAGAAAAAAAUAUGAAUUUUUGCUCUGGGAGGAUUCGAACCCGCGCUAGUUGUCCCCGCCUCUUCUGAGGAAGGUGAUGGGUUUAGUCCCAUAUCGGUUGUGCGCUGAAUUUUCAAGCGAAUAUAUAGUAAUGUUACAUUUCUACACAAAGUCCCUUUCUCGCGCGUGUACGACCACUCCUUGCCCCAUUGUCGGCUGGCCAUCAAUGACGUGGAAGGGGAUUGGCGUACACGUUCCCCCAUCGGUUCAAGCCACUCGAGCCCUUGCUCGCAGCUCAUGCGUGACUGCGCUUCCGACCCACUUGCGGGCCCGGCGGGUCCCCCCGAUUUUGCUACAUUUUUACUUUAAUUUCUUUUCCUUCAUUUAUCUCAAAAGUAAGACUGUAAAAAUCGUAUAAAAUCACAUAAUUACCGAAAAAUUCACAUUAAUCAACUGAAAACCACUUUUCACACUUUAACACAAAUAUAAGUUUAUUUAUCACGAGUUAAGGCUAAAACUAUAUUAUUUACUAAUUAUUAACUCAUGAUAAUGAAGACUUAUCAGGUAAUCGGCGCGGGUUCGAAUCCUUCUAGAACCAAAAGUCAUAGAUUUUUAUCUGAUUAUCGUGACUUUCCUGCAGAUCGCCAGUGAAGGAUUAAGCAACCAGAAUUGCUGGAUCAUCAGCGAAAAUCUCGUCAACACGAUUUGCGGAGCAUUGUUACUAAAAUUGCUGAAGGAUUCGCGAUAAAAGGAUCGUGAAUCCAUCGAGUAAAUCAUCUCCGAUUGAUCGACAAACAAGCCGUCAUCGGGAAGAGGACGAUCUGCCCAGAGACGAGUCACCACCUCUUGAGAGCGUACUAGAUGCGAUGAAGAGCCUCCUCUUGCUGCACGGACCUAAGGAUGAAGCUCUCUAACACGCGCCCCACCUCCAUCCAGCUCCUCUCUAUCGGGUGACAGCCGCCGGAGAGCCGCAAAGUCGCCGUUUUUCCACUCCGCCGGGUGACAGGCGCCGAAGACAUUUUGACGACCCAUUUCAUUGAUCUCUAGACUUCGCAAGGAGAUCUAGAGAUUACCCACAUCGUCCUUGUCCAAGGAGAACCUUAGAAGUCGUCGAUACUGCACAACUAUCCUCCCGAACACUCAAGAUUCCGGUGCAUUGCCGACGUAUCGCCGCCGUGACGCUGGAAUUAUGUUUUCCUACUUUCAACUUACUUUACGCUUCAUUUAGUGAUAAUUUGUUGAUUUUAAAUUUACCAAGAUAUACUUCAUUUCAUUACGAUUCUUCCGGCUUUUACAGAUCUUAAUUUGAUCAAUUAAAUCGUUUGUAAUCACUUACGUAAGAAUCGCUGGGCGGAACUCUAUUUCUGCCCGAUUUGCGUUCAUUGAGCGCUGACAUCAUCCUGACGUCCGCACCCUUAUUUCCUUUUUUCAUGAAUUUUAAAUAUAUUUCCUUUUUACUUCUUAGUAUAAAAUUCAUAGAAAAUAUUAUUCUUUGAGGAAAAUUCUGAAUAAUUACCAGAUAUUAUAUUACAUCCCUGCGAUCGACUUAGAAAAUUACCACUAUUUUUUGGAAGUUUUAUUGAAUUCUAAUUGAUAUAUUUGUUCAGAAAUACUUCUAAAUAUCCGAAAAAUCGUAUUUUCUAAUUUUAUAAAUUUAAGAUUUACGUCAUUUAAUAUACAAUGACUAAGUCACAUCAACGACUCAUUUUAUUGAUCUCUAGACUUUGAAAAAAAAAUUAGAAAUUGUUCAAAUUAUUAUUAUCUAAAGAGAGCCUUUGAGGCCGUGGACACUACAUGAUAAUUUUUUAAACAUUUAGGAUUUCGAUGCAUCACUGACGCAUCACCAUCACGAUGUCGGAACUCUAUUUUUCCUACUUUCAACUUAAUUUUUACAUCAUUUAAUUAUAAUUUAUGUGUUUUAAAAUUUUGAAAUUAUUCUUCAUUCAAUUAUAAUUAUUUUGGUUUUUACAAAUCUUAAUUUGACCAAUUAAAUUGUCUGUACUCACUUACGUAAGAAUUGUUGGGCAAAAAUAAAGUUUCACCUAAUUUACGUUCGUCAAGGCGUUGACGUCAUCUUGAUGUCUGCACCUUUAUUUCUUUUUUUCAUGAAUUUUAAAUAUAUUUCAUUUUAUUUAUUAGUCUAAAUUUAUAACAAAUCAUAUUAUUUGAGAAAAAAUCUGAAAUAUUAUCUGAUAUUAUACUACAUUCUUGUGAUCGACAUAGAAAAUUUUUAUUACUUUUUUAAAAUUUAAUUGAAUUAUAAUUUAUUUAUUUGUUCAGAAAUAUUUUUAAAUAUCUAAAAAUUAGUAUUUUCUAGUUUUAAAUUUUAAAUUUGUGUGUUUUAUUAUACAAUGACUAAGUCACAUCAAUUUGUCUCCUUAAAUACAAUGAAUUAAAUUACCAAGUGUCCUUUUAACCACUUAUAUUUAACCAUCAAUUUGUGGAUGACUCAUAGUACUAAAUUUUAGGCAUUAGUCAAAUUUGCUUCAAAAAGUAAAAAAUGGGACAUAAAUUUUGAGUUUAUGUCAGAUGUAAUAAUCGUAAGCACUUCAUGCAAAUGAACUAUUUUCUUGAAAAAUAAAUUUUUUAUUUGAAUGUGAUUAUUAAUCUUUUUACAUGUAAUAAAAUGUGUCAUCUUUGAAAAUCUAUCCACAAUCACAAAAACAAAAUCUGCUCCUCUUUGAGUAUGUGGUAAGCUUAAAAUAAAAUCUAUAGAAAUAUUAGUCUAUGUUUUAUCUAGAAUGAGUAAUGAAGUGUACAGACCCGUGUUUUGAUAUUGUCCUUUAUUAGCUUGAUAAAUUUGACAUUUUUGCACAAAAUUUUCAACUUCCUUUUUAAGUUAUUGCCAAUAAUAACAUUCUUCUAUUAUUUUCAAAGUCUUGUCAUGACCUAAGUGUCCCCUAAGUCCUCAUGCAUGUAACUUUCAAAUUAACUUCUCAUGUAAAAACAUUUGAGGGAUAUAUAACUAUUUUUCUCAAAAUAGGUAAUCUUCAAGAAUAUGAAAUCUUUUAGAUGAUUUGCCUUGUUUACACACAUCAUAUUUGAGCAAAAUCUUCAUCUUUUGUAUAGAGUUCUAUCAGAUAUUCAAAACCACUAACUACAUCUCUCAUUGUAAUCAGAAAUGUUGAUUUUUGGUUCAAUGUAUCAAUAACUUUGUUUGAUUUUCCUAAUUUGUGUUUUAUCACAAGAAAACUUUUGAAUAAAUGAAAUUCAUCUAGCAUGCAUUUUGUUGAUAGUGGUCUGAUUGUUUUCAAAGCUUAAUGGUUAGUAAAUAAAAUAACUUCUUAUUUUCAAUCAUGUUCCCAAAUAUGUAAUGAUCUAACCACAAUAUAAAAUUUUAACUAAUACGUAGUCCACUUUCUUCUAGCUUCUAUUAAUUUUUUCACUAUAAAAAGCGACUAGACAACCUUUCUAGUAUAAUAUAGCUUUAAUUGAGUAAAUCAUAUUGUCAUGGUUUACCCAAAAUUAGAUGAUAGACAUCCAUCUCAACAACAUCACAAUAAAUUUCAUCAAAAAUAAACCUUUUCCAUUAAGAACUUAACUAAAUAUGUCUUUGUAACCUUGGUUUCAUAAUCCUUCUUUAUCCAUCUAAUUCUAUGUGGAUAUGAAUAUUUUUUAGUUUUCAGUCCCAAUUUCUGUACCAUCAAAGAAGAAACAAUAUUUUCAUUACUACUAGAAUCAAUAAUCACAUCACAUGUAUUUCCAUCAAUAACAUAUUUUAUUUUGAAAAUAUUAUGAUACUAGGGAGGUUCUUCCUUCUUUGGAGCAUACAUAAGCCUUUGAACGACUAAAGAGUGACCAAAGUCCUCUUCUUCUUCUUCUUCACCUUCAAUAAUAUUCUCUUGAAUUUCUUCAUAAUCUUCUCCACCCUCAAUCUCAUCCUUAUCUAUGACCUUUGUGAAAUUCACAACAUCAUAUUUCGGACAAGCAUUUGAUUUGUGUCCUUCUUCAUUACAUAUGUAACAUUUUGGAAUAGAGUUAAGUACAUAUGGAUUCCUUUGAGAAGAAUUUUGCCCACUAAAAAUAAAUCUAGUUGGUCUUGGUGCAGUUGAGGUUACUGAUCUUCCAUUACUGAUAGCAAAUGAAAUAUGUGCUGAUCUUGACAUAUCUAGUUGAAAUGUUGACAUAUUAAUAGAAUUUUGAGUUCUCAUUUUUCUUUUUUUCGAUCAAGCUUCAGCACGUUCUAAUACCAUAACAACAUCAUUUAACUUGAAAAAAAAAUUAAAGUAACAUUUUCUUCAAUAUUCCAUCAAAGUAUACUUUUAAAUCUAGAUAUCAUAUAAGAUUCAGAUUCAAUAAAAUCGACUCGUGUAGAAAGUUCAUAAAAUUUCUCAGCAUAUUAUGUGAUAGAUCUACUUCUUUGUUUACAACUUUAAUAUUGAUGAUAUAAAAUCUAUUCAUAAUAAGGAGGAAGAAAUCUAGAUUUUAAUAAUUUCUUCAUCAUAUCCCAACUUCGAAAUUGAUCUUUUCCCAAUCUUGCAUGAGUGGAUUAUAGUUGAUCAUAUCAUGUAGAGGGCCCACUUUUGAGUUUAUAAGUGACGUGACUAAGUCGUUGUAUAUUAAAUCAUGCAAAUAUAAAAUUUAUAAAACUAGAAAAUACGAAUUUUCAGAUAUUUAGAAGUAUUUCUAAAUAAAUAUAUCAAUUAUAAUUCCAUAAAACUUCCAAAAAUAGCAGUAAUUUUUCAAGUCGAUCACAGGGAUGUAAUAUAAUAUCUGGUAAUUAUUCAGAAUUUUCCUCAAAGAUUAUUAUUUUCUAUGAAUUUUAUACUAAGAAAUGAAAAGAAAAUAUAUUUUAAAUUCACGAAAAAAAAAGGAAAUAAGGGUGCGGACGUCAAGAUGAUGUCAGUGCCCGGCGAACGUGAAUCGAGCAAAAAUAGAGUUUCGCCCGACGAUUCUUACGUAAGCGAUUACAGACGAUUUAAUUAAUCAAAUUAAGAUCUGUAAAAGCCGAAAGAAUUGUAAUAGAACAAAGUAUAUUUUGGUAAAUUAAAAUCACAAAAACUAUCACUAAAUGAAGCGUAAAAUAAGUUAAAAGCAGGAAAACAAAGUUCUGGCGUCGUGACGGCGAUGCAUCGGUGAUGCACCGAAAUUCUGAGUGUUCGGGAGGAUCGUCGUGCAGUGUCCAUGGCCUCGAAGGCUCUCCUUGGACAAGGACGACGUGGGCAAUCUCUAGAUCUUCUCGCGAAGUCUAGAGAUUAAUGAAAUGGGUCGUCAAGUUGUCUCUGACGGCUAUCACCCAGCAGAGCGGAAAAAUAGCGACUUUGUGGCUCUCCGGUGGCUGUCACCCGACGGAGAGGAGCUGGAUGGAGGUGGAGCGCAUGUCAGGGAGCUUCAUCCUCAGGUGCACGCAGCAAGAGGAGGCUCUUCAUCGCAUCUGGUAUGCUCUCAGGAGGUGGCGACUCAUCUCCCGGCGGAUCGUCCUCUUCCCGACGAUGGCUUGUUCGUCGAUCAAUCGGAGAUGAUUUACUCGAUGGAUUCGCGAUCCUUUUAUCGCGAAUCGUUCAGCAAUUUUAGUAGCAAUGCUCCGCGAAUUGCAUUGACGAGAUUUUCGUCGAUGAUCCAGUGAUUCUUGUUGCUUAAUCCUUCACUGGCGAUCUACAAGAAAGUUACGAUAAUCAGAUAAAAAUAUAUGAAUUUUGACUCUGGGAGGAUUCGAACCCGCGCCGGUUGUCCCCCCCUUCUAAGGAAGGUGUGACGCAGGUUUAGUCCCACAUCGGUUGUGCGCCGAUUUUUCGGGCGAAUAUAUAGUAAUGUUACAUUUCUAAGCAAAGUUCCUUCUCUCGCAUGUACGACCACUCCUUGCCCCAUAGCCGGCUGGCCACCGAUGACAUGGAAGGGGAGUGGCGCACACGAGCCCCUAUCGGUCCAAGCCGCUCGAGCCCCUGCUCACGGCUACUCCCCGACUGA